AUGCAGAAUCUGCCGUUUGUUUGGGUGCGCUUCCGAACCCUACCCCUAGAUCUGCUGCCUUGCCUUCGUCCCUUCUCCAUCGAUGCGCCUGGUGGCGGUAGUGUGGCCGUGAAGCAGGUGACGAGGUCCAAUUUCAACACGGCGCUGGAGGGCCUUAGGGCCUGCGUGGAGGAGUCGGACUUCGUGGCCGUUGACCUUCAGAUGACCGGCGUGACGAGUGCCCCAUGGAGGGACUCGUUCAAGUUCGACCGAUCCGAUGUCCGUUACCUUAAGCUGAAGGACCCCGCUGAGAAGUUCGCUGUCGUGCAGUUCGGUGUCUGCCCCUUCCGCUGGGAUUCAUCCAAGGGCUCCUUCGCCCAUCCGCAUAACUUCUAUAUCUUUCCAUGGAAAGAGUUGCCACUUCAUGGGCCACCUGAUGAUUUCCUAUGGCAAGCAACACCCAUCGACUUCCUUGCUAAAUACCAAUUUGACUUCAAUGCAUGCAUAUAUGAAGGAAUAUCUUAUUUAUCCAGAGAACAAGAAGGAGAAGCCCUCAGAGAUUUAUAUUCAGAGUACCUUGAGGGAUUAGCUAAUUCCUUUUGUAAUUUUGAGGAGCCUGUGGAUAUACCAAUUGCGAGAACAUCUGCCAUUCUUUUUUCGGAGAGGAUGAAGAACAAGCUUCAUGUGGCAUGAUUCUAUACUUAGAAGUCCUGACAAAGAAGAUGCUGAAAGAUGUCCUUGAAGAUCUGAGAAAAAAUACAGAAAAAAGAAUCAAGUCUUCUGUUGGAUUUCUGCAUGUUGUUGAUCUUUUUGCAUCAGCAGGAAAAUUGAUUGUUGGUCAUAAUUGUCUUCUAGGUUUGCUAUUUAUGCUCAUAGAAGUCUCUCUCUCUCUCUCUCUCUCUCUCUUUUGCCAGUUUUACCAAUACCAUCUGAUCAAUUUACUUUUAUAUAAACAGAUUUAGCUCAUAUAUACAACAAAUUUUUUGGUCCUCUUCCUUCAUCUUUGACGGAAUUUGUGCAAGCUGUCCAUGAAAAAUUCCCCCACACUGUUGACACUAAGCACCUUUUGAACUCAAACCAAACAAUUCAGCAUUUGAUGAAAAAGAAUAGCAAGUCAUUGUCUUCUGCCUUCUCUCUUUUAUGCCCCAACGUAUCAUCUAAUUUCCAGACCACUUCUAAGUCUUACUUGAGAUUUGAGGUCCAAACAGAUGAAAUUAGGUAAGCUUUCAUAAUUCAAUCAUUUUAUUCAUUUGUUUCUGCAUCAGGAAAUAACAAACUAAAUGUGAUCAUUCGUUAUUUUUUGACUUUGUUGGCUUGGAAAUUUUCUCAUACUAUUUUAAACUCUCAAGUGUAAAUCUGUUGUUAUUAUAUGUUUAAUCUACCUGCAACAGUUGUAGUAACUAUUAAAAAGGAUUUGCUGAAUGCCAUAAUUUUGAUAUUUCAUCUUUAUAUGUCAUCUUAGCUAGGUUUUAUGCUUACCUGUGCUUUGGUUUCCCUUGAGUUGUGAUUUAAAUUAAUCAAUGUGUAGUAAAAAGACUAGCAAGUCUUUUUUAUUAUCUUGUAUUUGAUUUUGUUAUAUGUACUUAGAGAUUCUAAAUUUAAGAUUCAAAUUUGAAGAAAAUCCUACUUAAGUAUUUGUUCACACUGACAUAAGUUUUAUGAUUUUAUGAUGCCUAUUGUUUCAGAGCCAAAAGAGUCUUCAUGACUUGUUAAUUCUUUAGCAUUGACAACUAUGGACUAAUUAGUGGAUGAUCAUUGAUAUUGAUUAUGACUUUUGUACAAUUUUAAUUUAUUUACAUUAAAAAUUCUGAUAUUGUAAGACUUACUCUUUUCAUGUUUUGAUUUGUUAGAUUUUCUCAACAAAAUUGGUUGGUUCAUUAAUCAGUACAAGAGAAGCAAUUUAUCUCAUGAAGUUCGAAGACAGGGAGGGCAAAAAGAAGAAAUUGAAGGCAUGCAUGUUAUUAGCUCGAGGAUGGAGGAACAAAUUAUUGAAAGGAAAAAAAACUUGUUAUUACAUAAAGUAGGCAGAGGGAAGAAAAUCGUAUUGAGGAAGGUAGGCAAAGAGAAGAAAAUCUCAAGAAGAUGAUUCGGAAAUGAUUCAAGAAAUGGAAUAUAUAAAUCAUUUAUAUCUAGGAGAAUUUGGUCUUUAUAGUUUGAUUAUUGGUCAAAUUUAUUUGGAUAAUGUAAAUAUUUAUUUAUUUUAAUGUUAAUUGUAUAAUACAUUUGGAAUUAGAAGUUAUUUCUUUUUAAUAAUUUUAAUUUAUUUGAAA